GCAGCGCUGCACGCUCCUCUGGGGACCGGCCGGAGCCGCGCUUUUAAGCUCCGCGACCUUAUCUCUCAUACCUCAGCCGCCUGGCCUGAAGCGAAGCUGUCUUGUCGGGGAAGAGAGUGGUCACGGUGUCGCGUGGUAACAAAGCUUAGGACAGGAGAACCUACAUGAGAAAGGACGUCCUCCGGUGUCUCCCAACAGGAUAAAGUGGCAUUUGACAUGCACAUACCGCCCUGUGCAGAAGUGAGGGAAGACUGCUGCAGAAGUGAAUACAGGCAACAUCUUUGAUCCCAGGGCACAGGUCUUUGAGAGGAAAUCUCCAAGCCUCUCGAGGAGGCAUUAGAAGGCUAUCCAGGCAGCAAAAGUACCUCAGGAUCAUGGCUGAUAAAAACCAGGAGAUCGGUGGCAUCCAUUUCCCUUUUCCCUUCACACCCUAUUCCAUCCAGAAAGACUUCAUGACAGUGCUGUACCAGGUGUUGGAGGAUGGCAAGAUUGGGAUAUUUGAGAGUCCAACUGGCACUGGAAAAUCCUUAAGUCUUAUUUGUGGGGCCCUUUCCUGGCUUCGUGACUUUGAAGAGAAGAAACGUCAAGAGGAGGCACAUCUCCUUAAAACUGGAACUGCCCCCUCCAAUGAUGGGAAGGACCAGCCCCCAUGUAUUUCAUCCUCAUGUCAAGAGACUCCAGACACCCUGGGGCCUACUGGAGAACCUGACUGGGUUACUCAGUUUGUGCAGAAGAAAGAAGAAAGGGACCUGGUGGACCGACUAAAGAAGGAGCAGAUCAGGAGGAAGAAGCGAGAAGAACGCCUUCAGCAGCUCCGUCACAAUACACAGCUCAAGUAUGCAGCCAAGCGUGAGAGACAGGAAGAAGAAGAGACAGAGCGUCUCCUCCGUCUCAGCAGGGACAUCCUGGCAGCAGGAACAGAGGCUGAGCCCCUGGAGCAGCUGGCAUCUGGGGAGGAGGAGCUGGUCCUCUCAGAGUACGAGAGUGAUGAGGAGAAAGGAGCUCCUAAUGGAUUAGAUGAGGAUGAGGAUGACCUGGAGGAAGAACAUGUAACUAAGAUUUAUUACUGCAGUCGGACCCACUCCCAGCUGGCCCAGUUUGUGCACGAGGUACAGAAGAGCCCCUUUGGCAAGGACACCCGGCUCGUCUCCCUCGGCUCUCGGCAGAAUCUCUGUAUAAACCAAGACGUGAAAAACCUGGGUUCUGUGCAGCUGAUUAACGACCGCUGUAUGGAGCUGCAGAGGAGCAGACACGAGAGCAAGAGCAGAGCUGAGGACCAGGAACCCAAGAGGAGAAGGCAGGCACCCCAGGCUGCCUGUCCCUUCUACAGCCAUAGGCACUUGCAGCUCCUCCAGGACCAGGUGCUGCUGGAGGUGAAGGACAUCGAGCAGCUGGUGGCCCUGGGGAAGGAGGCUGGGGCCUGUCCCUAUUAUGGGAGCCGGUUUGCCAUUCCAGCUGCCCAGGUGGUGGUGCUGCCCUACCAGAUGCUGCUGCACACGGCCACCCGGCAGGCCGCGGGGAUCCGGCUGCAGGGCCAGGUAGUGAUCAUCGAUGAGGCGCACAACCUGAUUGACACCAUCACAGGCAUCCACAGUACGGAGGUCAGUGGAUCCCAGCUCUGCCAGGCACAUUCCCAGUUGCUCCAGUACAUGGAACGAUACAGGAAGCGUUUGAAGGCCAAGAACCUGAUGUACAUUAAACAGAUCCUGUACCUGUUGGAGAAGUUUGUGACUGUGCUGGGUGGGAACAUUAAGCAAAAUCCCAAUACACAGAGCCUCUCACAGACAGGGACAGAGCUGAAGACCAUCAAUGACUUUCUCUUUCAGAGCCAGAUCGACAACAUCAACCUGUUCAAGGUGCGGCGCUACUGUGAAAAGAGCAUGGUCAGCAGAAAGCUCUUUGGUUUCACAGAAAGGUAUGGGGCAGUCCUCGCACCCCCCAGGGAGCAGCCCAGACUGACAGGGUUCCAGCACUUCCUACAGAGCCUGCAGCCCGGGGUGAUUGAGGCUCCCACAGCCCCUAUGGAAGAGGGGGAGGCCAGGGUGCCUCGACCUGCUUCCCCACUGAUGCACAUCGAAGGCUUCCUUGAAGCUCUCACCACUGCCAACCAGGACGGCAGGGUCAUGCUGAGCCGCCAAGGCAGCCUCAGCCAGAGCAGCUUGAAAUUCUUGCUGCUGAAUCCAGCGGUGCCUUUUGCCCAGGUGGUGAAGGAAUGCCGGGCAGUGGUCAUUGCGGGGGGCACCAUGCAGCCGGUUUCUGACUUUCGGGAGCAGCUGCUGACAUGUGCUGGGGUGGAAGCCGAGCGACUGGUGGAGUUUUCCUGUGGUCACGUGAUCCCUCCAGACCACAUCCUGCCCCUCGUCCUCUGCAGUGGGCCCUCCAACCAGCAGCUGGAAUUCACAUACCUGAAAAGAGAGCUGCCUCAGAUGAUGGACGAGACAGGUCGCAUCCUCUGUAACCUGUGCAACGUGGUGCCUGGAGGGGUGAUCUGUUUCUUCCCCUCCUAUGAGUACCAACGCCAGGUCCAUGCCCACUGGGAUAAGAGUGGCCUGCUGGCCCGCCUGGCUGUCAGGAAAAAGAUAUUUCAGGAACCCAAGCGAGCAAACCAGGUGGAACAGGUGCUGACAGAGUAUUCCAGGUGCAUUCAGUGCCAUGGCCAGGCAGGAGGCAUGGUGAAUGGGGCCCUGUUGCUUUCGGUGGUUGGAGGAAAGAUGAGUGAAGGCAUCAACUUCUCUGAUGACCUCGGGCGGUGUGUGGUUAUGGUGGGCCUGCCCUACCCCAACAUCAAGUCUCCAGAGCUCCAAGAGAAAAUGGCCUACCUGGACCACACCCUUCCCCGAACCCCAGGUCAGGCCCCCCCAGGAAAGGCUUUGGUGGAGAAUCUAUGUAUGAAGGCUGUCAACCAAUCUAUAGGGAGGGCCAUCAGGCACCAGAAGGAUUUUGCCAGCAUAGUGCUCCUGGACCAGCGGUAUGCCCGUCCACCUAUCCUGGCAAAGCUGCCAGCCUGGAUCCGAGACCGUGUGGAGGUCAAAGCUACCUUUGGCCCUGCCUUUGCUGCUUUGAGGAAGGUCAGUCCUGCCUUUUCCUUCCUGAGAACACUUCCACCAAGAUCCCACCUAGUGUCUCACUGUCUUUCCCUGUCUCCCCAGUUUCAUCACGAGAAGUCUGGCCUUUCCUGAGGGAUGGCCGCACCCAUCUGGAAUGCAGACCAGCCCCUGUGGAAUCCCUGGUUGCAGGAUCCAGGAACAGGUGCAGAAGCCAGUAGGCGAAAAUUAGGUCGAUCCUGAACAAGCAGUGGCUCCUGGCCAUCCUUGAGCCCGUCCCAGGGCAGUUCCCCUCCCUGAAAUUGGGUCUUUCUUCCUGUUCACCACACCCAGUUGAGCCGCCCCUACCCCCCACCCCCAGCCACUUGGGCAGCUGUGGAAGCUGCACCUUCCACUUCAGCAUCUGCCCGCGCUCAUUUCUCAGCACCCACUUUCUCAGAGGCAAGAUGGAGCAGGCCUCUCCUGCCUCUCCCUUUUCUCUCCCCUUUUAGCUAAAAUUAGUGUUCUAGACCUUUACUUUUCCCUCCAAAUUAAGAAUAUUCCCCAUUUCCAGCCCCUGGUGUCAUGGGCUCUUCUGCCCUCUGGCUUCUGGUUACUUUGACCCACUGCCACCUGGGGAUUAAGCACCAUCUCUGACAAGUCAGGCACUGAAGUCAUUUGGAAGUGGGAGCAGAGCCCUGUGCGGUGCUCCCCGCCUGCUGGCCCCUAACCUGUCCCACAGCCCUCCACAGCAUGCUACCUCCUGGGCUGGUUCCAGGUCCCUCCAGUCGGUGGGGCCUCUCUCCCUCUCAGCCACUUGAGCAAACUCCAAGAUACCUCUUCCCCUGGCAUCAGCAAUUACACCAAGGGCCAUUAGGCUCUCAGCAGGACUAUUUUUAGAUACGCUGUCUGUCACUGAGACACUUUUUCUGUGUGAAAAUAUCCCUCCCUCCAUCUGCAACAGCUGCCCUGUUGACUACACCUCUCUUCCCUGGUCCCAGAGAAAGGGGGCUUGGUCCACUCAGCACCUUGCCCCAUUGCCUGGGACCAGGGGGAGCAGGACAGGCCUUGGCUUGGAGAUGUUUGCAUUUCUGCACAGCUGUAGUUCCUUAAUUAAAAGUGCACUGUUGGUUGAUGCUCA